AUGAGCAAGCGCCGAAAACCCCUGCCGCUGCUUUUCAUUGUUCAAGAUGCGCAGACUUUCAGUCAUCCUAAAUCAUUGGCAGAAACACGGGCAAUCAGUACCCACGUGAACAGCCGCUACAGGGAAUGGAGGAAAACCUCUCAUAGAGAUCUCCUUCUUCACCAUACGACAAAUGCUAUCUUGACUUCAAACCCGCCAGUUGAAGAUAUCGUUCCUGCGAAUGAUACAAAUCAGGUCACAGACGAUGAGAUCGACCGGUUUUUCGCAGAAUACCGAGACCAAUUGAUGAAAACCAGCCGUCAAUGGGUCUACGGUUCCUUCGAUGCAGAAUACCUCCCAAAGAGAAAGGAGAAGCUCAGACUGCCAGAAUAUCUGAUCGUUCCCCGAUUUUCAAGGCUUGGUAGCCAGACGUUGGAUCCUUUCGCGCCUGAUUUCUUUAGACAUGAUCCUGAAUUGCGGUCAAACUUGUUCUACUACAUAAAGAUCAUUAGGCCGUUUGCCAUCCAUCUAUUGGAAGACUGGUCCUGGAUCAAUAAUCUAUCUCAGGUGCAAUCGUCUCCAGUGUUGGCAUAUGCUGUCGCGGCGUAUGCAUCAGUAUUCCUGUCAGGCUCCCUUCGUGGAGGGCCUGGCGUAGUACUACCUCCACCGGUUGAGAAAGGUGAACACCCUUUGUGGCAGAUUCCUCCGUGGCUUCGGCUGCAAACAAGUUGCGUGGUCGAGUUGAAGGCGAUACUGAGCGACCCAUCCAAGGUCGAUGAGUCAUGCUAUCAAGCUGUCAUAUUCUUGUUAAGGCUUUCGAUACUUCUAUCGGAUGGUGAAUCAGGGAGGAUGCACCUCAAAGCCCUGAACAAGAUUUCUGUCAUGGUCAAUCGCGAAAAUAUUGAUGCCGACAAGGAAAUGGCCGUCCACAAGAUCAACAUUAUCAGUGCAUUUCUGCAUAGCCCAUCAACGGUCAUUGCCAAAACUCGACCAAACAAGAUCAACGGCCGUGUCAGAGAAGUGGUCAAGCUUGAUCGAAAGCUGUGGACAUCCGAUCGGGAAUGGUACACCUUCUGUGCGGCCACGGAAGCACGAACUCUCACCUGGCGAGCCGACAGUCCAAGCGGGCAGUUGAUUCCAGUGACAGCUCCCGCCAUAACCAGGAUGGACCAGAGCAGUCAGUACCUACCUGACAACGACCUUCUAGAAAUUCAGCGCUGCUAUCAGAUUGCCCUUUUCCUCUCAAUCUACCUCAACAACAUCUCCUUCAACACUGCCGCGACACGCGUUCGCUCCAACGUCUUGGAAAUGAAAUCAAGGCUCUCACAAAUGGAUAUCUCCGUAACCACCUGCUUGUGUCAAUGUACAAUGUUCAAUCUCCUAAUGAUUGGCGCGAUGGCCACACGGGGAUUUCUCGAACGAGACUGGUUUAUACGCAACAUAGCCACCCAUUACAUCGAUGUAGUCCGCAUCGAUCAUGUAUAUCGACUACUGGCCGAGUUUAUCGACCCUCUGCAUAUCGUCUACAACGCUGUUGAAGACACAUGGGAAGAGGUGAUCAAGUUCAGGUCAUCCUUCUCAGUCGGCCCACAGCCUUGGGACAUCCCGAGCCCGGAUGACAUCUACGAGAUCGAAAAUUUGAGACCAAUGAACUACUCACCUGAUUUGUCGAAACCGAUCGAGUUGAUCGAGGUGGAGGAUUCAGGUCUCGACUUGAAACUGGGAAUUGUAUAG